CUUGAACACUCGCUGCAAAUACAAUUUCGGCUAUUAUACUGUCUAUAUCCAAUUAUAUAGCUUCUUGGUUCACGUUACUUGAGAUGUAGUUAUGGUGUAAUAACCCCUCGUUAAAUGAGUACUUUGGGACGGGAUAAUAAUGGCAUUCUGCAGGAGGUGCUCCGGCAAGCGUCGCGUGGGUCACCAGACUCAGCUGAGCCGGCGUGGUCGCAGGAGCAGUGGUGCGAGGCCUUCUCCUUCUUGUUCCUUGCCUCCCCAGGCUCACGCCACACCCUGCUGGAGCACCAAGAUGACAUGCUCUUCUUCGUGACGGCAGCCUCAGCACUGGGCCCAGACUCGCCUACAGUAUGGCUGCGACGCAACACCGCUGCCGAACUGCCGGGGGAGCUGCGCCCCGGCGGCUCCGGCUUCUCCUCCGUCGACUGGUGCCGCAGCGUGCAGCUGAAUCUGGUACUGCAAGCCAAGUACCUGCUGACAGUCGUACAAUGCAGGCAGGAAGCGCUUGCGGCGGUGGCACAGACGCAUGCGACAUCUGGUCAAGGCAUCGCGCCUCAGCACCAGCAGCAGCAAGCCCUUGUGUCGCAGCGGCGAGUCUACGCUAGCCCCAUGGCCGCGGCUGUGAACCUGGAUGACGUCAAGAAGGGGAAGCCGCCGCAGCCCUGCUACCCCGAGGUGUGCUUUGCGGUGGACAACUUUGAAGACGCGUUCCAAGACAUGAUCCUCAGCCGUCCCGGCGACUGCUACUGCGUCAUGCUUCACGUCCACGCCAACAGCAACAACAUAAACACGGGCAACUCAACCCGCGACGCUACCAAGCAACCCAUCACCGACCUCCCGGACGCCCUCCCGUCCAGUGGCCAUGCAGCCACCAGCCCCAGCUCGACUCCAGCUCAAUCCUCGUCAUCCAAUCCCACCGAGCGCCGGGCCGUGCUCUUUUCGGCCUACGUUACACGAGAGCAAGUAGCUGCCUACCUAGCAACACGUGCCACGCAGGCCCCCCGGCCUAACGUGCUGCGAUGGCUGUUGAGCGGCCUUAAACAGGAGGACGCAGCCCAAGCAAGGCGGGAACGAGUGGUGUUGAGCGGGCCCGGCGGCAUUGGCCGCGCCGAGGCGGCGGCAGCCGCGGUAAAAGCUGAUAGUGUUGCUGCUGCUGCUCCUGCUGGUGCCGCUGGU